UAAAACAAGCUCCUGUAUAUUGCUGAAAAGUUACUUGUAAGUUCGUUUUGUCUCAUUUCAAGUGUACUAAGAUAUUAGUUGGUAAUAUUUUUUGCCACACCUGUCACUUUUGUUGGAGUAAUAAACACUUAAGAAAACUCAGAUUUUUCCAGUCAAAUCCAUAACGACCAUUAAUGUUUAUGUUUGCCGAGCAGAGGCAGAAGUAAAGUUUAGAGGACAGGGAGGAGAAAGGAGGAGCGAAGUGAAAAUAGGACCAUUUGGCCGAAGGUGUGAAGUCCGACACACCUAUUUAACCGAACCGGCCGGGACUGAGGGCUCUUACAGCAAAGACCGGCGACAGAAACACAGACUGACGACGAGCAAGAAGCAAAACUAACAACUUAGAAAUUUAUUUUAGAGGAAAAAAGGAAAAGCCAGGGGAAGAAGUGAGUUUAUUUGCAGUAAAUGAGGAGGACAGGUGAGAAAAAAUGACGAGGAGAAUGCUGAAUGUGGAGAUGUUCCCGGGUCUGACUGUGGGACCUCAACGGAUGGGAGACUGUUUCUACAGAGACAGAGAAGCUCCUGCACGUUUACCUCCGUUUCCUCCUGUUUGCGACGUGGCGCCGAGGCUUCUGGGCGCCGGGGAGUCGUCCUCCAAACGCCAAAAAGACGAGGUGAAGAUGGAGCUGGAGAACUCGUCGUUAUGGAAGCAGUUCAGCUCAGUGGGAACCGAGAUGAUCAUCACCAAGAAGGGCAGGCGGAUGUUCCCAGGCCUGAGACUAAAACUGUCGGGUUUGAACCCGUCUCUCCGCUACAUCCUCCUGCUGGACGUCCUCCCGGCAGAUAACUCCCGCUACCGCUUUCAAGGCGGCGGCUGGCAGGCCGUCGGCGCGGCGGAGGCCAGGCUGCCCGACCGGGUCUUCAUCCACCCGGACUCGCCCGCCACCGGCGCCCACUGGCAGAGCCGCACCAUCUCCUUUCAUUACGCCAAGCUCACCAACAACACCCUGGACGCACAGGGACAUAUAAUCCUGCACUCGCUGCAUCGCUACCAGCCCAGAGUCCAUGUGGUCGAAGCCAGAGACAUGCUACGGUGGUGCGGAGGACAGCACAGCUUCGUUUUCCCCGAGACCCAGUUUAUCACAGUCACAGCUUACCAGAACAACAAGAUCACAGAGCUGAAGAUCAACUCCAACCCUUUUGCUAAAGGCUUUCGAGAGGAUGGCAUGAACAGCAAAAAGCAAAGAGACGCAAGACAGAAACGCAAGAUGGUCGCUCUAACAGAGACUCUGGAUAUUGUGAACUGUAAUCCCUGUGAAGCCGCUGAAGCCACUGAACCCUCGCCCUCCAGCUCGGACCUGCAGGCUCUGGCGCUCGCCUCUCUCCCUCCACUGCCCGACUCUUCCUGCGGGUUCAGACCCGAGGAAGCGUCCUAUCCCGUCCCAGAGCCCACAUUGGACCUCACCCAGACCUUCAUGACCUCCCAGAUGUCAGAUAUCAGCGUCACGAUGCAGGAAACGCAGGAAAACGAAGCGGCACACAAUAUGAUUCAAAGCUCAGAAGUUAUGGCUGAAGCGAACUUUGACCCUAGCUUCCCUGCUCCUCCAUCCCAUCCUCAGCCAUCCUUCCCUCCUGUGGAUUACCCUUCCAGCUCCUUAAGUUUCCCCACACCUCCACGUUCAGACACCUCUUCCUCCCCCGCUAAUAGUGCCUUCAUCCCAGAAACAAUCAGCCCUCACACUUCAGCUGAUUUCACCUGUCCGUCAAAUUCUCCUCCCUCUCAGGCGCAGCAGGGGGAACCGGAUGCUAAUGCAAGUAAUGGACGUUUAGCUCACACUUCGGCGGCUUUUACUUAUCCAAAUAUCCUCCCUAUGAAUGCAGAACCUGAAUAUUCUUUAGCUACUUUUCCUCCCAAUGGUUCCUGCAACACUUUUGCGUUGCCGUCACUUCCCCAACAAAUUCAAACUCUCUCAUUUCCAAACGUCACUCCAAGCGCUGCUUUGAAUUUCCCCAACUUGACCCAUCAAGCUCAGUUCGCGACUUCCCCCUAUCACCCGGAGGUGGUACUGCACCGACAGGCUUUUAUUCCUCAGCCGACCUCCACGCCUGCGCCUGCUCUGUACCCCGCCUUCCCAUCAUACCCUCUCCGCCUGCAUCAGGACCCCCACUCCGCUCUCUCUGCACCCUUCAGUCAUCUUUAUAGACAGCACCAGCAGAGCCACCCUCGCUCCCAGGGGUCCUACAUCAGCACAAGAGCAGUGUUUUAGAAUAGUGUUUGUUUUCAAGGCGCUUUCAGGGAAUUUAGCAAUUUGUAGACUAGAAGCAGUUGUGAACUUUGUAUGAGAGCCGAACUGUUCAGCUGAUUGAUAUUGGUGGAUAUAAUGAUGAUUUGCAUAUACUUUGAAUACAGCUUGGUAUGAUGGUGUAUUAGAGCCAGUGUAGACAGAAAAAAAGAGUAAAUUUCAGAAGUUUUCUAGAAAAAACAAGAAAAUUUCUGAGUUUGAAAAGUCAA